AUGGUUGAGGAGAGAGUUCAGCAAGAUCCAGUUGAUGAACUGUGGGUUUGUAACUCAUCAGAAGGAUUAUAAGGUCUCACUGAAGAAGAUACAGACUUGGUUUAGUCAGAUGACAGAAAAUAUCACUCGAGCUUACCUAACAUUGAAUAGUGUGAAAUUAAAACUCCCUGAGAAGCUGGAUUUCAAUCAUUUUUACUGUUUAAUUGAUGAAAUAAUGAAACCUAAUCCAAUUACCGAUCGUUUGAUGAAAGAGUUUGGUCAGCCUCUGCCAGAUGCAAAAAGAUUACUGACACUCUCUGGCUUUGAGAACUUCUUGCACACAGAGCAGAAUGAAAUGGACAAGUCUGCAGCUGUUAUUGAGAAGAUGCUUUCUUGUCUGCCAGUGGCCCUAAGAACUGAAAAUCCCAGUUUUUAUGCCAGAGCUUUUGAAGAUUAUCUGUUCUCCUCUAUCAACUCAAUUUUGAACCCAGUUGAAUUUACAGUACAUCAAAACAUGGAUCUACCUCUAUGUAACUACUGGAUUGCUUCCUCUCAUAAUACGUAUCUGACAGGUGACCAAUGGAAGGGUGAAUCACAUGUGGAAACAUAUACUAGAUGUCUGCAGAUGGGUUGCCGCUGUGUUGAAUUGGACUGCUGGGAUGGUCCAGAUGGAAGACCAAUGAUUACACAUGGGAAGUCCUUGACAUCAAGGAUUAAAGCAUCAGAUGUCUUACAGACAAUAAAAGAACAUGCAUGGGAUGUGUCAGACUACCCUCUGGUCCUGUCCCUUGAAAAUCACCUCAGCCUGCCUCAGCAGAGACUGUUUGCUAACAUGCUGAAGGAGACAUUCCAAGAGGAGCUUCUUACUGAACAAGUUGACCCAGAUGAAACAUUUCUCCCAUCCCCAAAUCAGCUGAAAAGAAAGAUCAUUAUUAAGAACAAGAAACUACAAAGAGACUGGAAAUAUUAUGAGGCAAAACAAUAUGUGGAUAUUGCUGACCUCUCAGGUGAGAAGAAGCAAGGAACCCUGCACAUGAAGUAUGCCACUGAGAAGACCUGGAAGGAGUACAGAUUUAUCCUGACUGAUACAUACUUUUGCUUUACUCCUUUCAUCCCAGACACAGAGGAAGAAGAGGAAAUCCCUGACAACAAUUAUGAAGAUUUUUUUGAAAAUUGUGACAGCGAUGAAGAAGAUGAUUCAGAUGAGGUGCGACCUCUCAGUUCUCAGCUGUGGUACCAUGGAGCACUUGAUCGGGAUGCUGCGAACACAAUGUUAUUUGAAGAACAGUGUCAUGGAAACGGGACAUUUUUAGUGCGGGACCGUGGCAGAGGAGGAUUAGCAUUAUCCUUUUUUGCUAAUGGCAGGGUCACGCACAGCAUUAUUCAGCAGCGAGAUGAUGGGCAGGGCCACAAACGGUAUCUGAUUGGAAACGAGAUCUGGCAUAACAGCAUUCCAGAUGCCAUAGACUACUAUAGAAUUCACAAGCUGACCUACAAGGAAAAGGGUGUCAGUGUCAACCUAACUUACCCUGUUAAAAGGAAACUGGGAUUUGAGGAUGAAGUGUGGUACAGGUCAGACACUGACCGUCUGUCUGCAGAAGAUUUCCUGAAAUCCAUACCUCUAGAUGGAGUGUUUCUGGUGCGGCCUAGCUCAGUGGAGAACUUUUUUUCACUCUCACUGAGAUAUCAUCAUAGGAUCUCUCACUAUCAGAUUGAAUUUAAUCAUAAUAAGUUCAUUAUAGGAACAUUUCGAUUCCCCACCAUGAAUAAACUGAUAGAAUACUUCAAAUGUCAUCCUUUGUAUGAAACGGCCAGACUGACUCAACCAGCCACUGAAGAACUGCAGAAGGAUGGAAUAGAUAAGGAUCUCUACCCAGCACUAGACCUCUAUUGUGAUAUCCAAGGAGGCGGAAAAUUGGUCACAGUUAGGGCACUGUAUGAUUUCCAUGCAUCAUCACCAGAAGAACUAUCCUUUGUGAGGGGCAGUUACAUCACAAAUGUUCUCAUCGCAGAUCAGCCAUGGUGGAGAGGUGAUCAUGGUGGGAAAAUCAACAAACUGUUUCCGGCCAACUAUGUAGAAAUUGUGGACGGCAGUGCUCCCGAGGAAGAUAGCAGUGUGCCUUCAGAGACCCUGCUUCGCCUGUCAGACUGCCAUAUUGAAGAAUGGGUUGAAGAGCACGAGGAAUACCGAGAACAGAUAAAUGAAACCUUACAACAUUGGGUCACAUUAGCCAUUCAACAUAA